AUGGCAUCGCAAGACGUAGAAGGCAGUAAGGGCGAGUUGCGGCAACAAGGAGCCAUUGAGGUGGCUCAGAAUGCCGCACAGGAUCCCCAGUCCAAUCUCCGCGCAGAGGAUGUCGAGAAGACCUUGAUAGAAGAAACCCGGAAGGCAGGCGUACCGGCCUAUCAGUUCGACCCCGAUGCAUCGCCCGAAGCCAAAGCCGCUGCCGCAAGAGCUCGGCUGCCUCCCGGAUUCCACCAUGAACACAAACCAAAAGGUGUCGCCGUUAUCACGGACAAGGACGAUGGCACCCCCGACCAAUACGAUUUACCCCCUCCCCAAUCCGCGACCGACCUCCUCAAGGAAGAAGACAAAGAUGCGACAGCACAAACGAAUGGGGAAACUCCUUCGGAGGAGGAUUUGCGAUGGGCACGCGACCGGACGGGCUGGGCCCCACAGUUCGAACACCAACCGACCCAAGAGGAGAAAGAUGAGGGCACUCUGCUUGAUCACCAAACAUUCUUGGAAGGGAAACUGGACGAUAAAUUUUUCGGAGAUUGGUACCACAAUGCUGGUAUCAUCAUCUUCGCUUGUCUCGCAUCCUGGGUCGUGGCCGUGCUGGGCGGCGGACUGGCCUGGGUGUUCAUUGUCAUGGCCGCUUGUAGCACCUACUACCGAACUUCAAUUCGACGUGUCCGCCGAAACUUCCGAGACGAUGUGAACCGCGAAAUGGCCAAGCAGCGUCUGGAAACUGACACCGAGAGUUUGGAAUGGAUUAACAGUUUUCUGGUCAAGUUUUGGCCCAUUUACGCCCCGGUCCUCUGUGACACCAUCAUCAACUCGGUGGAUCAGGUUCUCAGCACCUCGACCCCCGCCAUGCUUGAUAGUCUCCGCCUGAAGACGUUCAUCCUCGGUUCGAAGCCACCGCGGUUGGAGCACGUUAAGACGUAUCCGAAGACCGAGGUUGACACGGUCAUCAUGGACUGGAAAUUCAGCUUCACGCCGAACGACACGAUGGACCUUACUGCCCGCCAGCUGAAGAACAAGAUCAACCCGAAGGUCGUCCUGGAAGUCCGGUUGGGCAAGGGCGUUGUCAGCAAGGGUCUGGAUGUAAUCGUGGAAGAUAUGGCUUGUAGCGGUUUGAUGCGCGUGAAGGUCAAGCUACAGAUUCCCUUCCCCCACAUUGAACGGGUGGAUGUGUGCUUCCUGGACCGACCGGAGAUCGACUAUGUGUGUAAGCCUCUUGGCGGCGAUACCCUUGGAUUUGAUAUCAACUUUAUUCCCGGUUUAGAGACUUUCAUCAAGGAACAGAUCCACAACAAUCUCGGUCCGAUGAUGUAUGCCCCCAACGUGUUCCCCAUCGAAAUUGCGAAGAUGCUGGCCGGAAACCCGGUGGACCAGGCUAUCGGCGUGGUCGCGGUUACGUUGCAUGGUGCUCGCCAAUUGAAGAACCCCGAUGCCUUUGCCGGCACGCCCGAUCCGUACGCCGUUGUCACCUUGAACAACCGAGUCGAGCUGGGUCGCACCAAGACCAUCCAUGAUACGGACAGCCCGAGAUGGAACGAGACCAUUUAUGUGAUUAUCACGUCUUUUGCGGAGUCCUUGACCAUCAUCCCCUACGAUUGGAAUGAGUUCCGCAAGGAUAAGGAAUUGGGGACCGCGACCUUCCCGCUCGACCGGCUGGAGCAGCAGCCGGAGCAUGAGGGUCUGUUCCUCGAGGUUAUGGCUAGCGGCAGAUCUCGCGGCGCUGUUCACGCAGACAUCCGCUUCUUCCCCGUCCUUGGAGGUAGACAGCUGGAGAAUGGUCAAGUCGAGCCGCCACCCGAGAUGAACACCGGUAUCGCUCGAUUCAUUGUUGAACAGGCCAAGGACCUGGAUGCGUCCAAGAGUAUGGUCGGCCAGCUCAACCCCUACGGAGUCCUGCUUCUGAACGGCAAAGAGAUCCACAUCACGAAGAAGCUUAAGCGCACGAACAAUCCCAUCUUCCAGAAUGCGGCUAAGGAAUUCUUGGUCACCGACAGGAAGACCGCGCGCCUGGGUCUAGUAAUCAAGGAUGAUCGUGACCUUGGCAAGGACCCCAUUCUCGGUACCUACCAAAUCAAGCUGAAUGAUAUGUUGAAAAUGAUGGAGAAGGGCCAGCAAUGGUUCCAUCUUCAUGGUGCUAAAACGGGCCGCGCUAAGCUCAUCCUCGACUGGAAGCCAGUGGCCGUCGGUGGGGUCCAUGGCGCUGGAUACGUUGAUCCGAUCGGUGUCAUGCGCUUCCAUUUCAAGAGCGCAUCCAACCUCCGCAACCUGGAAACCAUGGGCAAGUCCGAUCCUUACGCACGGGUUCUGAUCUCUGGCUACACGAAAGCUCGGACCGUCACAUUCAGAAACAACCUGAACCCCGAAUGGGACGAGGUGGUUUAUGUGCCUAUUCACAGCUCUCGCGAGAAGAUUACCCUCGAGGUCAUGGACGAGGAAACCAUCAACAGCGAUCGGUCACUCGGCUCAACCGAGAUCAGCGCUGGUGACUACGUUCGCGAGAAUGAGAACGGCGAGUAUGAGGUUGACGACGAGAAGCAGCUGAUCUCCAGUGGUCUCCGCCUUGGAAACGGUUCACCUAAGGGAACCUUAAACUACUCGGUCGCAUUCUACCCAGCUCUGCCUGUUGUCAACCCAGAAGAAGAGACGGAAGAGGAGUCCGAGGAACUCAUGGGUGAGACGGAGGGUACGGACCUGACGCGGAAGAGCACGGAUUCCAAGCGCAAGAGUGCGGCCGGACAUUCCAAGUCUGCCAGCAUCGACUCCAAGACAUCCGCUGCGCCUAAUGGGACUAAUGGCACCAACGGCACCAACGGAACCACUACGAAUGGUAAUGCGGACGCCGCGAGCAGCCGUGCUAGCCUUGAUACCAACGGAACUCAUCCGCAAACCGCUAAGGAUUCCGAGACUAUGUCCAUUAGAUCGAUCAAGGAAGCUCCUAAGACCUAUAUCUCUGUGGACGAUCUUCCGAAAUACGAAUGCGGUUUCCUGGUGUUCAAUGUCCACGAGGUCCAGCUUUCCCGGCACAACGUGCAAGUUGAGAUCCUGAUGGAUGACUACAUGUUCCCUGCGUAUAGUUCCCCCAAACUUCGUACGAAGACGGCAAAGCUUGAGGAUGUUGGAGACGCUUUUGUUCGUGAGCUUGAAUUCUCGAAGAUCACUAUGCGCAUCAUCGACAAGAAAGAUACCAAGGAUGAGAGCGACGAUCACACGAUUGCCAAGCUGACGGGCGACACACUUUCGACCCUCCAGCGGAUUUUGUACACCCCGACUGAAUUGAUUCUUCGGUCCAAUGACGGCGAAAUCAGCAAGAUUACUGUCAGUGCCCGGUACAUCCCGGUCCUGAUGAAGCUCGACCCCACCGAGAGUAUCAACAACAUGGGUACCCUGCGGGUAGACGUCAUGGACGCCGCCGAUCUCCCUUCGGCCGACCGCAACGGCUACAGUGACCCGUACUGCAAGUUCCGCCUCAAUGAUGAGAUGGUUUACAAAACCAAGGUGCAGAAGAAGACGCUUCACCCGGCCUGGAAUGAGUUCUUCGAGGCCCCUGUCAAGUCACGCCUUGGAGCGUCCUUCCGCGUCGACGUGUAUGAUUGGGACUUUGGCGACAAGGCCGACUACCUGGGAGGCACACCGGUCGACCUUCAGAUCCUGGAACCUUUCCAGAGUAAGGAAGUGACAUAUCCCCUCGAUGGCAAGUCCGGUGCUAUUCGGCUGAAGCUGCUGUUCAAGCCUGCCUAUGUGGUCCGGUCUCGACAAGGAUCGUCUACCUUCCACGGCACGUUCGCCACCCCCGGCAAGAUCGUCGGCGCCCCCGUCAAAGGUGUGGGAUUUGUUGGUGGCAACGUGAUCAAGGGGGCGUCUUUCCUGAAGCACGGUCUUAUUUCACGGUUCCGUGCGGAGGAUGACGUUGCGGAGGAGGCAGAGGAAGUCCCCGCGACCGAAAGCAGCCUCGCGCCCGCGGCUGUUCUCGUGGAGGGCGAGACUCCGCCUAGCUCUACGCCCAAGAACGAACUGCAGCACGCGCGCAGCCGCAGUGUCGCCUCUCACUAUGGGGAUCGACUUGGUGUGAACGGCAAAGGUGAUGCUGGCACGGCGACCAUCUCGGUUGUCUCUGCUAGCGGGUAUCCGCCAUCCGCGCACGUGCGAGUCUUCAUCAAGGCGGUUGGCCCCAAGGGCGCCAAAGAUGUUCUGAAGACGAAGGCUCAUAAGACGGGCGGCGGCCCUGUGUUUUAUGACCCGUCGCAUGAGAACUGCCGGGUGCAUAACACGACUGCAGAUGCACAAUACCAGGUGCGCGUGGUGGACCACGCUACUUUCGGCUCGGACACGGUCCUGGGCGAGGGUAUCUUCUUCGUGGACGAUCAAGGUUCCAUUUCUGGACAAGACAAGCCGGUUAAGGCGGGCAGUGGCACGGUUACGAUCCGGAGCAGCUUUGCGGUGACGGAAUCCACUCUUCGGCCCGGGACUGCUCACUCCAACACGGGCGAUGCCGCAUCGGAGGUCAUGGACAGCCCCGAUUCGAAGAAGGCCGGUCGGCGCAGCUUCCUCAGCAAGCGGAACGUCAGCGGAGCUUGA